AUGCAUGGGCCUGCGACCGAUGUCGCCGUCAAAAGCUCAGGAGCCGGUGCCACGUGCGAAUCGCGGCUAUCGGCGCAGUCACCUUCUCUGAAGCGCAAGAGAUCCAUUCAUUCAGACGCAGCCGGCCGUGCGAAAGCGGCGUUACCAUCACCCACCUCAGGGUAUGUGCCACAUCGUGGACUCCAGGAACCCUCUGCAACCCACAGCCCGGCGAACAAUGUGCAGCAGCCAGCGAGAUCCUCCCAUUUCGACGGUCCCAGCCCAGAUGUCACGGAUGUGACUAGGACGAGUCCCGAAGAAAGCCACCAGUAUGGCGCCAACGACUCCACCAUGGGUUUCGCCAAAAUCGUACUCGGUGAGGACGACGAAAGCGAUUCUUCUGCCAUCGGAAACAUUCCUGGCGAUGCUGGACGCUCGACUACAGACACGCAGUUCUUUCCCUGGAUUUCAACACCAUUGCCCUCGCUAAGCAUCCUCCAAGUCGCCGUCGACGCAUACUUCGACAGGGUGAACUGGUACAUUAUGCUGUUCCAUCAACCUUCGUUCACGAUCCGUGCGCAAAACAUUCUGCAACGAGCUGCAUGGAGACGAGAUGAAUUGGUGGAUGUGCUGCUGGUGGCGACGGUCGCAAGCGUGGGGUUGCGGUGCGUGCAGCAUGACAAGACGUGGCAAGGGCACCGCUUGUUGGAGUCCUGCUCGGUUUCAGCGGAAUCACUCAGCUCCGACUUGAUGUCUCAAAUUGGCUCGCGCUUUUACGAAGUGAUGCUGGAGUCGCGAAUCGAAGCAUAUCAGAUCUGCAUGCUUCUGACCACUUACCAUGUGUACUUUGGAUCGUCGAAUUUUGCCUGGAACGUUUCUGGCGUUUCAACACGAACGGCAUAUGCGCUGGCGCUCCAUUGCGACAAAACACGCACCAAUAACGAGAUUGCCCGAGAAGUCAGCAACCGGUGUUGGAAUCACUUGGUGGUAUCGGAUCAAUUUUCGUCAAUGAUAUUUGGACGUCCAGCAGCGCUCGAUCCUGCAUUUGCUCAAUUGAAGAAGCUCAAAGACUUGGAUGAUACCACGCUCCCUGAAAGCACGGCAAAUCUGCCCAUCUUGCAAGGACAUGGGGCUCGCAUCUCAUUUCUGACCUAUCACACCCUGAAGUUUGAGCUGUAUCACAUCAUUCGACAGACUCUACAGAGCUUCAGGGUCAUGCAAUUGCAGAGCCCGGUUUCUGUCCAGGAUCUGACGGCUCUUAUUCAAGUCGUCAACACCACAGAAAUAAUGUUGCAGCAAUGGCACGACCAUCUGCCAGCAGUGUUCAAGCCGUCGCAGUGGCCUGAAGGUAAUCCCUGGAAUGUUCUUGAGCUCGACGAAUGUACACCAGAAGAACAGAGUGUCAGGAAGAAAAUCGGACUACAGGGCUUCAUUCUCCAGCUUCUAUACGAUGCUGCCAGAGUUUGGGCUCAUCGACCUCUGCUGAAACUCCGCGUAGCCCUUUCACCUGAAGCGGAUAUCUCGAAGAUACCCCUCGUCGACGUUCCAGAUUCGCUAGGGACUUCAGUACAGGCUGCGCUGCGGAUGUCGCGCGUCCCCAUACACGAAUUCGGCGGUCACCUUGCUCAAUCUUUUGCCUUGAUGCAUCUUUUCACGGCCGGAAUUAUACUCUGCGUCGCCCCGACUUGCCAGCCGUACAGUCAGAUGGCGGGCGACGCAAAGGCUGGCGUGCUAAGAAUCAUUGCCGCUUGUAGGGCGAUUGAGGACGAGAGCAAGAUUGCCAGACAUACAGAUCAAAUGUUGACAAGGCUUUACAAGAAGACAAUGCAACGAGAGAUGGAUAAUGCUUUACGGAAUGUGGACAAAGGAGCGUCCAGGGAUCGAAGAAGCCUGCCGGUUUCCGUGAAGCGAUCUCCAGACACUGGAGAUGAUCCUCAACCACGCAGGGCACCCGUUCUCGUGUCCGAACAGACUUCGCGUACCCAGGUGAAUAUGGUGAGCCCGACCUCGGCCACCGAAUACGGCGGAACCAUUUCAGCCUUCGAUUCCCAUGUCCGCCGUACUGAUGAACCGCGGGAGGAACCCGUUGUCUCAUAUCUCCAAUUUGAAUCACUUCGGCAUAACGACAGGAUGGACCCUCACGAUAUGGAGCAUCUCGAUGAAGCUUAUGGUGCGUUCGAGCAGAUGUUCAACCUCGACUUUGCCGAAUUUUCCUUCAAUCCGGAGUAA